AGAGAUGUGACAAAAAUAUAGAACCGGACUGACAGUGAGAUAGGAAUUCUCAUCUCUAUUCGAAUCAUUGGCGUAUUAGAGAAUUGGUAAUCUCAUCUCUAUCAACUGUAGUUGACGGAGUGGGGUGAGGAAACAUGGAAGAAGUAAAAUGUACACAAAUAAAUUUUAGGAAGUUUUCGUGAAGAACUUCGCUCAAGAUAGAGAAAUUGGAAUGGCAACUGGACGAGUUUCAGAAAAAAGAUAGCUGAGGCACCUUAGCAUACAUAGUUGUAAGAUAAAAUGGCAGCAUCAACUGCCAGUAUAGAUGAAUUUCUAUCAGGCCCCCUUGUUAAAUGGAACCGGCAACGUUGCUGAGUUUACCGCGACUACAUCGAUUAUUAGAGAUGUGACAAAAAUAUAGAACCGGACUGACAGUGAGAUAGGAAUUCUCAUCUCUAUUCGAAUCAUUGGCGUAUUAGAGAAUUGGUAAUCUCAUCUUUAUCAACUUUAGUUGACGGAGUGGGGUAAGGAAACAUGGAAGAAGUAAAAUGUACACAAAUAAAUUUUAGGAAGUUUUCGUGAGAAACUUCGCUCAAGAUAGAGAAAUUGGAAUGGCAACUGGACACAUUUCAGAAAAAAGAUAGCUGAGGCACCUUAGGAUACAUAGUUGUAAGAUAAAAUGGCAGCAUCAACUGCCAGUAUAGAUGAAUUUCUAUCAGGCCCCCUUGUUAAAUGGCUUUCGACAUGCGUGAAGAAACCAGAAUCGCUCCAAGUAUAUGAGAAUUUUCUGGAUGGAACUCCUAUCAAUGAGGUCCUCCUACAAAUUGACCCAGAACCAUCUUAUCAGGUUCCAAAUGAAGGCAAUAGUCAGAACCUCAGUCAUAUGGUGGCCAGAGUCAAGAUAUUCCAUUGUAUCAUAAGGAAUAUCAAGUCCAUUUAUGAAGAUGAGUUAGGACAGGUGAUGGUGGCGUCUCCUGACUGCGUGACAAUAGGCAAAACACCUGUGUCAGAGGCAGCUUUGGAACAGUUGAAACUCUUAAUUUUGCUGCUGUUAGGAUGCGCUGUACAGGGGCCCACCAAGGAGACAUUUAUCUUGAAGAUCAAGCAGUUAGAUGUCGACGAUCAGCAUGAAAUUGUGGAGUGUAUCAAAAAGGUUACAGACGACCAAAACGUAGUCUUGACCUCAGACUGGACCGAACAGUCUCCAGAACGCCUGUACUCCCACGUGGUGACGCUGAUAUCGGAAAGAGAGAAGCUGUUGCAACGAUGGGUGACAGAAAUGAGUCAAGAGGCCGCUACAGUCGCUGCUCAAGACGCUGUCGCUGCGGCAAACGCGGCGAAAGCCAAUGGGGUCGAUUCGAAUCAUCUCGCUGUCGAAUUGGCGGAUUGGAAAGCAAAGUUGAGGAAGCUGAGGCAGGAAUUAGAGGAAAAGACUGAAAUCUUAACAGAGAUGAAAGAUGAGCUAGAACAUGCAAAUUGUCUAGUGUCAAAACUGAAAGUAGAAAACAGCGACCUUUUGGUGGAAGCCCGCCGCGCGAAAGUGUAUCGCGACGAGAUGGAUUCGAUGCGUGAGCGUUUGGAACGGAUCGAACGUCUGGAAACGGAAGUGCAACGGUACAGAGAGCGAUUGACGGACGCAGAGUUCUACAAAGUGCGCGUCGACGAGCUGAGAGAAGACAACCGAGUGCUGAUGGAGACCAGAGAAAUGCUGGAGGCGCAGUUGAGCAGGGCGAGAUACAGGGCUGAUCACGCGUUGCAGCUCGAAGCCGAAUUGCUGGCCACGAAGCAGACUAUCAACGAUAUAGCGCUGGAGCGAGACGCGGCUCGAGAACGCGUCCAAGAACUGCUGAGCGAAAACAUCCAGCUUCAGCAGGUGACUAAAUCGGCUCUGCAAGAGAGCAACGGCAACGUCCAGGCAGACCUAGACGAAAGCGCGGACGAGUCUAACAAAAAUAACAACAGCCUAUCGGAGCAGCUGACCAAUAGCGCGCAAGCUAGAGCGCUCAGGCUUGAAUUGGAGAAUAAGAAAUUACUCUCUAUCAUUGAUUCGCUGAAAGAGGAUAGCGUACAUGAGAACAGUAACAGGAUCCUCGAACUGGAGAAGGAAAAGAAAAAGCUGCAGCUGAAAUGCGAACAGCUGCAAGAAAACCGAGCUCGUUUGACCGAACAAGCCGAAGAACUGGAGAAUCUGUUCAAGAACGCCAUCCACGAAAACGGCAAACUUCAGGAAACUUUGGACAUGCAAAAGGCGAUGCACGACAGACAGACGGCGGAACUUCAGAAUGAGAAAGGAAAAAUCCAAGAGCUAGAGAAUAACAUGGAAUUGCUGACCAAGGAGAAACAGAGAUUGCAAGUGAUGUGCGAUACCAUAAAAAAUAGGGCUGAUAUGGCCGAGAAAUCGUUACAACAGGUUACGGACCAGCUGGAAGCUUUGCAUGUCCAAGCGGAAAAAGCAAAAGAACUGGAAAAACUCAACAACGAAGCUGAAAACAAGCUGGCGUUGUUAGAAAAGGAAGUAGCUACAGCUCAAAAGGAGGCGACCAAGUUGAAAGAAAUGCUUGUGUCCAAAGAGGCCGCGCUGGACCGACAAGCCGAAACAUGUUCGAAACAGGAAAAAGAAAUACAGCGAUUGCUGUCCGAAAACGAAUCGGCUCGCGCGCAGUUGGAAAAGUUCCAAGAGUACGAACAGAAAUCGCAAGAGUUGGUUUCUCAGGCGUCGGUGAACAUCGAGACGAUCGCCAACUUGCAAAAAGAUCUCGUCAACGAGAAGGUGCGCAACGAGAAGUUGAAAAGCAGCCUGGAAAAAUUGGGGAUCACCGCCGAAAUAUUGGACGAGAGCGUCGAAGCGAUCGUCGCGAAAAUGAUGGAAAACGCCGAGGUGUUAGGCAGCGUUUUGUCCAUCGCUGACCAGCGGACUGGAGACGAACAGACCGAGUGUAAAAAGUGCGCGGAAGCGACGAAAGAAUUGAUAAAUGCGGAAAUAGAGAAGCAUUGCGAGAAACUCUCCGCGGAAAUAGCGAAUCUCCAAGCGAUGAACGAGUCUCUUCAAAACGAGAACGUCACUCUGACCGUGAGCGUUUCGACUCUGCAAUCUCAAAUCAACUCGUUGCAGACCCAACAGACCGCUUUGCAAUUGGCUAAUAGCCAACUAGUGGCCGAAAAGGACGAGCUGAUGAAAAAGCAGCAGAUCCAAAAUACGCAGCACGACACUCUGCUCUUGGACCAAAUGACUUUGAGGUCGCUUCACGAACAGCUGAGUACCGAAUACGAACAGGCGAAAAACGAACAGGAGAAUCUCAAAAAGGUGUCGAGAGAUUUGCGGUCGGAGAUCAGGAACAUGAAAGAGAAGAAUAACUCUUUGCAGAGCAGAAUAGCGAAUUUGGAAAUCGAAAAGGAGACAUUGAAAAACGAAACGAAGAAUUUGGCGCAUUUGAAAGGGGAACACGUGAAACUAAAAGACGAUUUCCGAAAUUUGUUCACCGCCAGCGAUAGGAUGAAACAAGAAUACAAGGCUGUUCAGGAGGAAUUGAAAAACCUCAAAAUCGAGUCGAGGAAUCUUAGAUUGGGACAGACAGAAAUGCAAGGGGAACUCAACUCUAGAUCGGACAGAAUGGCGGGGCUUCAGUUGGAAAAUGCAAAGCUACAGCAAAAAUGUGAUAUGCUUUUCGAGAUGAACCAUUCAUUAAGAUUCUGAUAGAAGAGCCCUUAUGGAUCAUGUUUCUCAGCUACUAUCGCAAUUACCAUUCGCUUUUAACUCAUUCUUUGGAAGACAAGCAACACUACCACAUCGAAGAGAAAUUGUACACUGAUAAAUUGAAUAACUUGUGCAGGCAGAAAGAAAAGCUCGAGGAGAAAAUUAUGGAACAUUAUAGGAAGUUGGAUAACGCUUCAUCCAAAAAAAAGGGAUUCGGAGCAACUUUGGUGCGGCGAGUCAGAAAGGCGGGAUCGGAUAUAAUAAACAAAGUGCCAAGCAGGAACCGCCGUUCCUGGCACGAAGACGCAGUCUCUCAAAUGAGCCACUCCCAACUGACGCUGUUACGAGACAGAAACAUCCCUAACGCCCCCGGUUCCGGUGCGGACUCGAACUCUGACAACAGCGACAACACGGAAGACCAAUCACCGCCGUCUAUAAGCAUGGUCGGCGGCGGGCCUUCCCCGUCUCCUUCCUCCCCCCACCACUCGCCUUUCCGAAGCAGAAACGCCCCUAGCGGGGGGAGCUUACACGGGAUCAAGCCGAGAGAUGAAGUUGCUUUGUUACGGAGGACGGGGUUGAGGGAUACUUUGCCGCAUAGGAACAGCAUAGCUGGGGAUCAGGUAUUGGCUCAUCAUCGCGGUGCAUCCGGCGACCUGUCCGGGCUAGGCUCCGUAGGGUCGCGUCGCACGGUGUACCUGUCUGAAGACGACGCCGUAGCUGCACCACCUUCCAUCCCGGCACCCGGUGAUCCCGUUGACGCUGCGCUAGAGGAACCCGCACCGGAAUCCCAGAUGCAACAGCCGCCGCUUUUAGUAUACAAUCGAGUUUCCACGACCAUUGGGCAGAUACAGGAUCCGCAGUCGCAAAGGAAGGACGAGGAACAACAGGAGAAAGAAACUGUUGAAGAGAAGAAACCGACCAGUGGCAAGAAGGAGACGACCAUUUGGUAUGAGUAUGGUUGCGUCUAAGAGUCAUCUGGAUAUGAUGAAUGUUAUGAUAAUUUGAAUCUAUCUGGAAUGACUUAUGAUUCACGUGAAAAGUUGGAGAUGUUUCAAUGUCCAGAUAUAUAGUUUUUUUGAUAUUGUACAGACCAGAAACUUUUCAACAGCUAUGAGUAUAUGGCUAAUGCACAGUAAUUUUCAAGAGAGCUUUGUGAUAUUUUUAAAAGUUUAGCGAAAUUAGAGCUUUGAUUGUCUGUUUUCUAAAAGGAAUGUUGCAAUAUUACAUAAUCUUUAAUAAGCAAUUGAAAAAUAUAGAAAGCACUUGGUGAUAAUACAACGACUUACAAAAGUAUUACCUGAAUAUGUAAAUGCCAUAUAUGUUUUCAAAAUUGUUUUUAAAUGUUCCUCAGAUCAGUUUGUUUUAUUCUUGUCUUUAUGACUCAAUCUCUGUUACAAUUGUAACUUUCAGUAUUUUAUAAAUCAUUAAUUAAAUUAGCACCAGUGUUAUUAGUAAUUUUGGGGCCUUAGUACUUGUAAUUUUGAGAUCAGUAUUUUUGAAUUCUAGACUGUUAUUUCCUGAUUACACAAUCUACCAAUAGCUUGAGGUUACCUAGUAGAUGGUUUUUAAUUUAGACGUGAACAAGUUUCCAGGGUCAUUUGGCCAAUUUUUUUUAAUCAGCACCCACUUUUUUAACUAGGAUUUACGUAUUUAUUUGAUUUGUUAAUAUAGAGUAGAGCACUAACUAUGUUUUAUAUUACAUCCAACUUGUAUGCCUUAUUAUUAGCAAGUUGUGGGUCUAUUUAUACAGAAAUGUAUAUUUUGUACUUUUUUAUGCUUCACUAUG